AUGGCAGACAAAUUAACUGAAGAACAAAUUUCUGAAUUUAAAGAAGCCUUUAGUUUAUUCGAUAAAGAUGGAGAUGGAACUAUUACAACAAAAGAACUAGGAACAGUUAUGAGAUCUUUAGGACAAAAUCCAACUGAAGCAGAGCUACAAGAUAUGAUAAAUGAAAUUGAUACAGAUGGAAAUGGAACAAUUGACUUUCCUGAAUUUUUAACUUUGAUGGCAAGAAAAAUGAAAGAUACUGAUACAGAAGAAGAGUUAAUUGAAGCAUUUAGAGUUUUCGAUAGAGAUGGAGAUGGAUAUAUAAGUGCAGAUGAACUAAGACAUGUAAUGACAAACCUAGGAGAAAAAUUAACAAAUGAAGAAGUAGAUGAAAUGAUUAGAGAAGCUGACAUUGACGGUGAUGGACAAAUUAAUUAUGAAGAAUUUGUUAAAAUGAUGAUAGCGAAAUAA